CAUUGAUGGGGUUACGAGACCGCAGUGGCAGUACCGCACGGCGUACAACGACGAGUGAUGAUUGACGAAUUGGGCCGGACUACCGAAAUUGACAGUUCAUUAGUUCAACCUUCUUUCAACAGUUGUAUAAGUUUUGCACAAAACAGUAGUACAAGUUUUUUGAUAUUUUGUUUUCUUUAUCUCUCCGAUAAUAUCGUUUGCAUCCGAAACGAUCGGGUAGCUCGGAAUUUAUACGAAUUUGCUUCUCCAUUAAGGCGAUGCCGCUGUUAAAUUAUAUCCUCCCCGGCUGCUAGACGCUAGCUGAUAUACCGAUUUACCUCCACUGGGUCUACGAGUCUCCUUCAAGAUGAACAAGCCAGAUUUGAAAUUUGAGCUACACAAGAAAUAUUUUCGUCGCUCGUUGGACCUGUUGCCCAGCGAGAGUGCCGUAUUCGAUUAUUCGCGGCUCACCAUACUGUAUUUCGCGCUCAUUGGUUUGGACAUAUUGGACGGCUUAGAUUCGCUCUCUGAUGAUCGUAAGAAAGACAUUGUCGAGUGGGUGUACAGGCUGCAGUUGGUACCCAACGAAAAUUGUUCCGUGCACAAAUGUGGUUUCAUGGGGUCCACUACCGUCAUCCAUUUAAAGAAUCAUCCAGGCUCUGAAAAGUAUUGCGAAAGCAACGUUGCUAUGACGUACAUGGCAUUGUGUAUUCUAAUUACAAUGGGUGACAAUUUGAGUCGUGUUAAUAAAUCAGCUGUACUUCAAGGUGUAGCAUCUCUGCAAAAACCAGAUGGCAGUUUCAAAAGCAACUAUGAACAUGGUGAGAGUGAUUUGAGAUUUGUAUACUGUUCACUUGCAAUAUGCAACAUUUUGAAUGAUUCUUCGGGUAUUAAUGUAAAUAAUGCCAUUAAAUUUAUUUCAAAAUGUCUAAACUAUGAUGGAGCAUUUGGACAAAACCCAGGAACUGAAUCGCACGGUGGUUCUACUUAUUGUGCAGUUGCGUCGUUAUCUCUUUUAAAUAAAAUUAAUCUUGUCUUAGAUGAUAAUAAAUCAAGAAUAUUAGAGCGCUGGGCAGUAAAUAGACAAACUAAAGGAGGUUUUCAAGGAAGACCUAAUAAAGAAGCCGACACUUGUUAUUCCUUCUGGUUGGGUGCUACACUCAGUAUUAUGGGAUCACUAAAUAAAAUAAACCCAGAGAGAAAUAGGGCUUUUGUUCUACUUAAUGCUAACUUGAUAACUGGUGGAUUUAGUAAAAACAUGGAAUCUAUACCAGAUCCAAUGCACACCUGUUUAAGCUUGUGCGGAUUAAGUUUGAUCGGCGAAGAAAAUCUAAACCCUAUUAAUCCUGCAUUAAAUAUUACCGUGAGGGCAACAAAUUAUUUAAAACAAAUUCAAGAAGCUUGUACAUCACCGAACAAAGAUAUAUUCAAUACAGAUACUGAUAAUUAAAUUAUCUUCCUAUAUUAGAUGUUAAUUUUUAAAAUAUAAUAAAACAAUUAAUUAGUCAA